AUGUCUACUUUUCCAAUGCAUUCAUUUACAUCAUGCGUACAAUCAGAAGUUCCUAGCGUGGAUCACCUCACCUCAUUUACCAGUAAUGGUCCCCGUCAUCGAAGCUAUAUUGUGAAUCACGAUACUCAUUCUAACAAAAGUGUUGAUGUUGAAGAUCAAGAACCAAAAAAGCCGUGGAGCCUCUGUUCCCUUACAUUAAAUGAAUGGCUUACCCUUCUCUGUGCAGCUCUACUUCCCGUCGCUAUCGCUGUCUAUGGUGUUAUACAAGCAAAUGAAGACCAAAAAAUAGCUGAAGCUAAUCGUAACACAGAUUUAAAUCUAGCGGAAGACAGGCGUGUGUAUGAUUUGAAUGUUGCUAGUAACAUGCGGCAGCAAACUGUCUAUGAUCAAUAUAUCAGUUUUAUGUUUGAACUUGAGAAAAAUGGCUUUCUCGGACCAGAGAAAAACCCGUGGGCUUACGCUAAUGCUCGGUUUCGUUCAGCGUUUCAAGAACUAGAUUCAUUACGAAGAUCUUGGACACUGGAAUUUCUAAGACAGCAACGACUGAUUGGCGUCGUCGACCAACUUUUUAAUCCUCAACAGAAACGCGCAGAAGAUAAGGACAACACACGAUCUAUUGCUGAGCAUGUUAUAAAACUAAACGGUUUAAAGCUUGAGAACAUUGACCUAAGGUGA